AUGCUUCUGCUGCUGCUGACCUGUCUCCCUGCAGCAAGUCUGCACACAGACAGAGCGGCAGCAACGCUCGUGCACUGGCGGGCGAUCGUUGAGCAUGCAUAUGACACCGUCUACCGUCCGCUGAGGGCGGAGUGCACAGCGAACAUGAGCGCGGAGGCUUGCCUCAUAGCGAUGCAUGACACGUCAGCGGAUGGUUUGUACCCAUGGUGGGUGCGCACGAUGCUCCGCGACGCGCUCAAACCCGCCACGGGACUCCAUGGCGCCUGGCACUCGCUUGGAACAAUCCGCCCAGCCCCGACAGCACUGUGCACGAUCGAGAAGGUGUCCACGAGCCAGUGGCGCAAGUUUAUGUGCUUGCUGCAUGGCGGCAGUGAUGGUAUGGGCGGCGGGUGCUCUUCGGGCUGUGGCGGGUGCUCUCCGGUCCUGGAACAUGAGUUGAGGAGGUCUAAUUCGGUGCGGCCUGACCAGCUGCGCGCUCAUGGCGGAGACCAGAGCUUCCGAGUGCUGCAUGACCGCAAGGACUGGCUGACAGUCGUCUUCCUCCGCGACCCUGUAGAGCGAUUCGUCAGCGGCUACCUCGACAAGUGCCGCCCCACCAUAGCACGGGGGGAGCGGCACUGCGAGCCACUUGGCCUGUACAUCAAUGGCACGCACAGCGAGUUCAUGCGCUUGCUGCCCCACGCCCGCAUGCAGCUUGGCUCGUACGUGGAUACAUUCCCACUCACGUGGAACCUGCACUUCUUCCCGCAAUCCCUGUACUGCGACGACCUCGGCAGGAACGCCCAUAAAUACACGUUUCGUGGGGCGCUCAACGCUUCGCUCGCCGAUCAAGUGGGUGCGCUGGGCAGGCUCAUCGACGCACGCGCACUGGCCGCCACGCCUGGUUCCGCGCCAAAGCACGUAGGGCAGGGCGCGGCAGCUGCAUCGUUUAAAACAGACAACGACAGCGGUGAGCACAAGACGGACGCCGCGGCGAGGCUGGCGGGGCUCGUGGCGACAGAGAGCGCGGCACGGCGACUCCUCGAGUACUAUGCGAUAGACUACGUUGAGCUCGGCCUCGAGCUCCCAAGCUUCCUGGUCAAGCUACCGCUGCCCGCGCUAAGCCGGUCAGAACGGCGCCUGCUUCGUUUAUAG